AUGAGGAGUUUUGUUUCCCGACAUGGGUCGUGUUUUGUUGAUUUUUUGCAUGUGUACAAGUACAGUCUCAUGCGGCAGUACGUUUUCGUGCCGAUUGGUGUGAUAGUGAUGUGGCUGAUACUUUACGGGGUGAAUAAGUUGAUCAAGGAUGUGAUUGGAGUGGUUUUCCCUGCAUCAGUUGCGGUGAUGUUGUUUAAUUUCGGGUCUCUUUGUGUUUUCAGCUGGAUCAACGAGGAAUAUGCGCAGAAAUACAUUGGGAUCAUCGAUAUUCCGUUGAGUUGGGCGUUGAGAUGGAUGAACUUGUUUUUCACGCCAGCGUUUGUGACGUUGCCGUUGAGUCCCUGGAUUUCUUUUAGGGAAGCGAUGUUGAUUGCGACGGCGUUUGUGUGUUUCUACUUGAUCACGGGGUUCUGCUUGGCGUACACGACGAUCUUUUGCCAGAAGGCGUUGGGGCUGUUCACGAAGUACCAGCCACUGAGCAGCAACAAGGAGGCGGACGAGGAGGAGAAACCCGUGGAGUUGAGUGCCUUGGAUUCGACUACUUUGGGGUACAGUUCCGGUGAGGAAGAAGAGGAAUCCGAUGCGUACGAUAGCGACGAUGACAUGCACAGUUUUGCCGAUAUUUUUUCCGAGCACCACCACGACGAGGACUUCCAGUUGCGGAACGUGGCCACGAACAGCGGGUUCCCCUUGGGCAGGCAUCAAAGUAGGCACCAUUCGCGUACGGUUAUUUCGGUAGCGGACGAUUCGUCGGCUCUGGAAGCCGGUUUCCUUGACCAUACCAGCACAACAAAGAAGACCCAGGCAUCGCAAGAGCUAGAAGAAUAUCUGGACGAUGAGGACGAUCUCAUGACGUACCCUCUGCAUGAUCAGGGCCAGGGCCAGGGCCACACUAACCCUGCUGCAUCAAUGCCCCAGGAGCCACUGCCCGCCCUCUCGAUGCCUCGUUCCAGCUGGGGCUCAAGAGGAAUCGGAAGUGCCCAUCACAGGCACCCAGAUCACACGGGCCCCCAUGAGGCGAACUGCGAGCGUGCCAUCACAAGGCAAAUGUCACGGUCCAUCGAGCACAAGUUCAUGAUCAACAUGUGGCACGACCAUCUCCACCACAUAUUGUACGGCAUCGGCUUUUUCGCUACCAUCUUCACAUACUACUUCUCGUGGUACCUCAUGCCGUUCCAAUUGUUCACCGCCGUAUGCAUGUUCUUCAUCAUCACAGACGCACCUCUAGUGCCAAACCCUAAAUACAAAAAGUACUUGCACCCAACGCUCUGCUCUGUCGCGUUGUUCUGGCUCGUAGAACUCAUCUCAUCUCUCAUCAAGCAUCGCCACAUAAAGUACUUCCUCUCGGACUUGCGCAAGUACAAAGUGGGCACCACGUAUUUGAACUUAUUCACUAAUACACACACAUCCGGAGACCACAAGAACUGGCCUGGUGCCGGUGACGUUAUCACUUCCUGCAUGGAUGUCUCCAUCGUCGCCCUAUCCAUGCCUAUGUACACCUACAGAAGAGACUUGAAAAGGCACUUCGCAGCUCUAAUGCCACCAAUCCUAGCCCUCUGCGCUGUCACUCUCAUGUUGAACCCAUACAUAUGCUACAAAAUCGGCAUUAGUCCCUACAAUUCCAUCGGUUUCAUAGGCAGAAGCAUCACCUUGGCCUUGGGUAUCCCCACCAUCGAGAACUUCGAUGGCUCUGUCACCGUCAUGGCUGUUAUCACCGUCGUAAGCGGUAUCGCAGGUGCCAUCUUCGGAGGUCCCAUGCUAGACUUCUUCAGAGUCCCCAAGGACGACUUCAUCACAAGAGGAUUGACACUCGGAUGCAAUUGCGGGGCAAUUGCAACAAGUUACCUUCUAACCGUAGACAGAAGAGCUGCUGCUAUAAGUUCCUUAUCCUUCGUUGUCUACGGUGCUCUCAUGGUCAUCCUAAGCUCUAUAGGCCCAAUCCAAGACUUCAUCCACAACAUCGUCUCCCUAUAG